AUGUCCGGGAAACAUCCUCCUGACCGCGAGACCGCGAACACGUCAUCUCAUACCCACCUACAUGCCGAGAUGAGUUGGCGUGACACACCCGAACUGCCCCGGGCUAAGGAGAUUAUGAAAGAAUCCUGCACCCUCCCAAAGAACUACGGCCUCAACGCUGUCUACCCAACGAAAAGCGCGUAUCUCCGGGCCCAGUACGACCUCUUACGCUUCGAGGGCACUGAACCCCUCCGUAGAGCCGUUCAAGAAUACAAGUCUGCUCCCGAGAUGACAGAGAGUACCGAGACGUGCAUAUAUACCGAUGUCUUUGUCCGCGGAGUCAACAUCAUACGCCUCGGGGUCAUGGUCCGCAUCACCUUCUCUGCGGUCCGCGCACGGCAACUCAUCAACUGGCCCGCAUCUCAGCGUGUGGUUCCAGGCACAAUAGUUGCCCUGUCUCCCGCUUCGGACCACUUCGGAACACAGUGUAUCGUGGCAGUGGUGACGGGUCGUUACGAUGAAUUCGCCGGCAAUUCGACGGCGCCUCCUCCUUUGGAUCUUGAAUUUACCGAUCCCAGUAUCACUGCCGGCUUCAUGGAGCCGGAUCAAGAGUACGUCAUGGUCGAAGCUCGCUCAAACUACUUUGAAGCCGUUCGACAUGUUUUGGAGGGUCUCAAGCAGACGGCAGAAGACGAUUCGCCAUUUGACAAGUACUUCAUCGGCCAGCUGAAUACGGUCGGCAUGCCUAGUUCUCUGCCACCAUCGUCCACCACAUUGGACAUCUCAGCACUCCACGACGGUCUUCAACGCCCAGUGCCCAUACACAUCCCCAUCCAGGGCGACAUACCCAAUCACAUCCAGUCGAAGACAAGACUAGAUCAAUCCCAGCUACAAGCCCUCCAACGCAUGAUAACGAAGGAGCUCGCCAUAGUUCAAGGCCCCCCCGGAACAGGCAAGACGCACACGUCCAUGGCCGCGCUCAAGGUCCUGCUCAGCACACAACGUCCCAACGUGCCCAUCAUUGUCACCGCCCAAAAAAACGACACGGUCGACGAGCUCCUCGUCAGAUGCCACCAGCUCGGCGUGGACUUUGUACGCCUCGGCGGCCAGGCUAAGGACCAGGUCAUUGUCAGUCGGACGCUCUUCAACCUCCGCAUGCGAUCCCGCGGCAAGGCUUGGAGCAAGAGCGCGCUCGAGAAACGCCUCGUCUCCCUCAGGUCGCAGGCGAAGCUUCUCCUCCAGCGCUGUUUCCCUCCCGCUCAUCAGCAUCUGAUUCUACCAGAGCACUUCCACGAGGUAGGUUUGAUCAGCGCGGAGCAGCAUGCCUCCGUCGUGAAGUGCUGGGACGGCGACGUCAGAUCCAUCGCCGGAGAGGAAUUCCAACACCCGCUCCGAUCGUGGCUCGGUGACCAGUUGCUCGCCAAGAUACCUCAUAGGAGCGUUCACGUUCCUCUCAGCGACGGCAUCGACGAUGAUGAAGCAGCGUCAGGGCCCGGGAUCAGCGAGAAGGGUUCAGCCGACAACAAGAAAGAGCAGUUGUCGGGCAAGCCCAUUUUUGUUGCGCGCCGGAAUAGCAUCAAAUGCUCGAAAGGCGUUGCUCUCAACCACAAGCUGGCGCAAGAGCUGCUCGCGAAAAAUGGAAACAUCUGGUCGAUUGCGCCCAAGUAUCGCGGCAUGGUAUACCACUACCUCGAACGUCGAUACAUCACAUCAACCAAGCUAGCCCUCUCCUCAAUCUUCAAACAGCUCGACAACGUCGUCAAGAAGCUCAAGGUGGCCCGCUGGCAAGAAGACAUCACCGCAGUCCGCGAGUCAAAGGCCUGCAUCAUAGGCUGCACGACAACAGGCCUCACAAAGUACCGCAGGCUCAUCGCCGCACUCCGGCCGCGCGUCAUGAUGGUCGAAGAAGCCGCCGAGACCCGCGAAGCAAACAUCGCCGCCGCGCUAUUCCCCUCCCUGGAGCAAAUCAUCCUCGUGCAGAGACGUAUGGCGCCCGACAUUCGCAAGCUGCUGAGCGCCUGGUAUCCUCUCCUGGUAGACCACCCUUCGACAUUGGACCGGGAAGCGGUCCCGGGCAUGGGCUUGAAGAGCGUGCUAUGGUUCAACCAUCAACGGCCCGAGUCAUCUGACUGGUACUGCAGCAAAGUCAAUACUUUCGAGGCCGACAUGAUUGUCGGGCUAUACAACCACCUGGCGUCCAACGGCACAAGCCCGUCAGAAAUCACCAUCCUGACCUUCUACAGCGGACAAAAGGCCUGCAUCGAAAGCAGCUUCCGCCAAACUACCGGCGCCGGCCGCCUCGUGCCUGAGGUCCAGACAGUGGACGGGUACCAGGGCAGGGAGAACCGCGUCAUCCUCAUCUCCAUCACCCGAAGCCCGGAAGACCGUACAAAGCCGGACUCGGGCUUCCUCAACGACCUGAGACGCGCCAUCGUCGCCCUCAGCCGUCCUCGACACUUGCUGGUCAUCCUCGGCGACAUGCAGAAUCUGCUGGCAUCGUCAGCUCGGCCCAUCUGGAGCGAGGUCCUGGACAGGAUGGAGGCUCCGCCCGCGGACUACAUACCCGUCUUUUGCAAAGCGCACGAGAGUGAGAUUCGCGUGCGGCAGCCUGGUGACUGGGCAAGACUUGUGGGCAAAGGAGGCUGCAGUAUGCGCUGCGGGCGACCAACAGGUGCACAAGGAGCAACAUGCGGCCAAAAGUGCCACGGAGGCUCUUGCGAGCUCGCGGUCAGUGCCACGCUCACCGAUGGCAACGCGCGGACUAUUUCUGAGCUUUCCAUCGCAACGAGCAUCUCGAGUCCAUUGGCGCAGGAAGAUCUCAUAGACCUGAGUGACAUUUAA